AUGAGCUUGGACGUUAAAGUAACCAAGUACGAUCCAGGGUAUAAAACUAAACAACUAGAAACUGCAUCGACCAACAGACCAGCAACACUUGUACAGAGAGUUCGUCCACAAAUCCACAGGUCUUCGGAAUGCCCAGUACGACAACCACCGAAACGGGCAUUCCAGAUACAAAAUAGUCAAAAGCUAUCGGAAUUGGAACAAAACGUGUCUUCUGAUGUUUGUCUUGAAACAGAAGGGUUGUUUAUCAAACAAGAACCUACAGCAGCAACAAUAUCACCCCAAGAGCACUUGAAAAGUGGCAUGAUACAAGAUGUGGCAAAAGAAGAAUCCAUCUUGAUACAAGAUGUGGCAAAAGAAGAAUCCAUCUUGCGAACGCUUCUCUUGGAAGAUGAUGUAAACGAAUACUGUGAUAAAUCCGUCCUUGAAUCUGGGCACAAUGAGUUCGAGGACGAUUUACAUCAAAUAGAUAAGAAAAGCUCCCUCAUAGUCCACUCAGUUGAAAAGUUGUUACCGGAGAAAAUUGAGCAGUGUUUAUUGGAAGAAAAGGAGACUCCCAUUAUACUCGAAGAAAAUCCAAUCUUCGUUGAUAAUAAAGACUGGAUGGAUUUCUCAAUCUGGGCAAACGAUCCACAUGCCCUGAAAAACAAAAUCGAAAAAUUGAGAAGAGAAAUUCUUUAUUUAGAUAUGAUGGCAGCACAAAAGGAAAAGGAACGUUUAUUGAUACUUCAUUUUAGAAAAUACAAAAAAGAAGUCAUGAAGAAAAUCUUCAGAGAGCGUAUUUUACCAUCCCAACGGAUGGAACUAAAUGUUCAAACAAGGCAGAAGAGUGAAAAGAAACCAAUAUCGACAAGCAGCACAAGCUCUGCUGUAAAGUACUGUCCCAAACAAUAUGAUUCCAAAUCAGCCAAAGAUAUUUCCCGGAAAGAAACUUGCCUGGUACGACCCAUGCUACAUGUUGAGAGCAAUAAUGAUGUUUUACAAAGAGACUCAAGCGUCGAAUGCGCGAUAGUUAAAACCUCAAGAAACUUUAUCAGGGAUCCGACAGAAGAACAUUUGUCCACGAGAUUAACCAGAAAUAGCAACGGACACACGAAGGUCGAAGGUCUUUCGUCGACAGCAGGAUCUAGUCAGCCAAUCUGCUCUUCGAGAAGAGGGCCUUCAUUCAAUUUAGAAAGUUUCUCUUAUUCCAAUCUUUCGACCGGUCAUGUUCCUCAUUUGUCCUCAAAUUCGUCAUCAUUUACGAGUGUGGCACACUCGAAAAAUGAAAUAAUGUCAUUUUCUCCACUGUCUAGCAUUUCAAGAGUCACUCCAGUAUCAGACUUUAAUAAAGCCAUUGUUACUGACGUCACGACACCAAAGAAUUCUACGUCAUACACAGGGGCUGCACCUCAGAGAAGCCAAAUGACAGGGCUUUCGCAUGUGAGUAAGCAAGAAUACAUGCCCCAUUUUUCCUGUAGCACUGUACCUUUAAUAGCUCCCCCUAUUUAUCACUCGGUUCAUAGGAUUCCACCACCAACCUAUAACCCUCUCCCCCUAACUGUAAAUUCUCCUUCUUGGAUCCCAGUGGAAUUUCCUUGGUUGGGUGUGAAGCCCCCAAUCGAUUACCAAACAAACAACCGAAGAUUGAAAGAGGCUGUUGAAAGUCGUGAAGAUGGAAAGAAAAGGUGUGCUGGUGGGCAGAAAAGUCCAAGACACGUGGCUCCAGAACUAAAUCACUUCUCGAUGGACAAUGCAGUUUACCGUGACGACCAGUUAAUCUGAAAAAUCGUCAAAGAAAACAGAGAAAGAAUAUGACAUUCAUGUUUAAUAUCUGUAAAAAAUGUUCUUUAAGUUGGUUAUUUAAAUUUUAAAAGAAAAUUAGAUCAGAACUAUUUUCAGUAUUUCCUGACUUUUAACGGCUGUUGUCGGUCAACAAAAACAUGCACUUAAACCGCCACGUCAUGAAAGUCCAGUUUCUAAGAUGGCAGUGUAAAAUUACUGAAUCAGUGUACAUACAAUAAACAGUGUCAAGAACUAC